AUGCCACCAACAACCCGCCAAACGAGUCGUCGUUUGUAUCAACCACUCGACCGCAACGGCCGCGAAAUUCGCCUCAUCGAAAUCCUACCAACAUACGCGAACCAAACGAUCCAGUGUAAGCUGCACACCGUCACUCUCACACCAGGAACAUACUACGUCUGUAUCUCCUAUGUCUGGGGCGAUCCGUCCAUCACCGAAGAGAUCGUUGUCAACGGCGUUCGGAAGUCAGUCACCGUCAACCUCGCUACUGCUUUGAGGCACUUGAAAAAGCACUGGGUUGAGAUCGAACGUGAAUCAAAUCCUGAUGCCGACCCUUCCAAGUUCCGUCUCUGGGCUGAUGCUUUGAGCAUCAAUCAGGAUGAUCCUUUGGAGAGGGGACACCAGGUUGGUUUGAUGGCCAGUAUCUACUCUUCAGCUGAUAUGGUGCUUGCCUGGCUGUCAUCUGAUGACCGAGAUGUUACGUUGGGGUUCAAUGUCCUAGACCGUGUAUUGGUGGCAAGCAGUGUACAGCCGUAUAUGUCCGAUGAGCGUCGAAUCGGCCAUAUAAUUUGGGAGCUCUCUUUUCUAUUUCUAGACUUCUGGGGUAUUCGGAAAGAAUACGGCGGACAACCCCAACCCGAUGAGCCAUUGAUUCCUCUUCAACAAAUUUGGAAACUCGGUUUCUGGUCCAGAGUAUGGAUUCAACAGGAGAUAAUCCUUGCCAGGAGAGUUUACUACAUAUCGCCAUCACACAGAAUGAGUCAUAACCAAUUUUUGUUAGCCAACAAAUGGGUGCACAGGUUUCCGAGCCUAUAUAAAGCCGGUACUGAUUGGAGCAAGGAAGCCUUUACUCAAUGGCAAAGGAAAGUGUACAAGGAAUUCUUACCGUCCCAACGCGGAGUCAUGAAUCUACUUAAAGCAAAAGGACUUUUUGGUCGAAUCUCGGAAGGGCUUUCUAUAUCAGAUCGUAUGAAGUUGCACUUCUCAGCGGACUUGCAAGCUACCGACGAUUUGGACUAUGUCUAUGGUCUAUUGGCUAUAAGUAAAGUGCCUAUCGAGCCAGAUUAUACAAGAUCCAUACGCGAGGUGUAUAUCGAACUUGUGCAGAUAUUGGAGUCUAUGGUUUCCAGUGAAAGAAGCAGUACACAAGAUCUCUAUAGUUUGCUGACCCGACAUGCCGUUGGUAUUCGACAGCUUCAUGGCUUACCAACCUGGGCCCCUGUCUUCUCCGCUAGCGACAAGCGUCAGGAUAUCAAUCUACCUCCUUCAGGGUACUGGUCUCAGCACUACAAUUCACUGCUACCGGUGGUCACUUCGGAGGGUAGCUUAUGGAUCAAAGUCAUCAGGGUACAGACUGUGGAUACAGUGUUCCGUGAACCGGGUGAUCCAGACUUCGUUUAUAAAGGUUUGUCCUCCUUCAUACAUGACUUUCCAAGAAUUUACGAGAAGACAAGAGGGGGAGAUAAAUACAUCAAUGGCGAAUCUAUUCUGCAGGUACUUUGCCGUACCUUCCUACUCAAAUCUGUCUGCCAGUACAAUGUCGAUCGCUUCUUCAAUGCGUUGAUUGCGUCUGGACAGGGCAGACCUGAGGACUUUGACCGGAAGCUUAGGUCUACUUACGGAUCUGAACUCAACACAAUCAUCCAUGAGUGGGACUCUGCUGCUGAGCAUCUCUUGGGGAGCACCUUUUUCACUACAAAGGACGGCUACAUUGGCCUGGUUCGCGAGGAGGUUUUGCCAGGGGAUGUUGUGUGUAAUCUCGCGCACGACAUACCAUUUAUAAUUCUCCGCCCCGAAGACGGUCACUAUCUUUUUGUCGACAAUUGCUUCGUUGCAGAUUUGAAGCGCGCUGAACUAGGCACACUUUGCGGAUCGGAAGGAUUGAAUUUCGAGGAGGUAGAGAUUAGAUGA